GACGUCAGCGCCGGGGUAUAAAAGCGUGGCGUGGGGGGCGCGGCGCUCUUUUUGUGGGAGAGCGGCGGAGGGGCAGCAUGCCGCCGCAAAAGGACAGAAAGUCUAAAAAGUCAACUUGGAAGUUUUGCCUUGACUUGACCCAUCCUGUGGAAGAUGGAAUCUUUGAUUCUGGGAAUUUCGAACAGUUCCUAAAGGAGAAGGUUAAGGUCAAUGGAAAAACUGGAAACUUGGGCAACACCGUUCACAUUGAACGUCUGAAGAACAAGAUCACAGUGACAUCCGAGAAGCAAUUUUCUAAAAGGUACCUAAAAUACCUCACAAAGAAGUACCUCAAGAAGAACAAUCUGCGCGACUGGCUUCGCGUCGUUGCGUCUGACAAGGAGACGUACGAAUUGCGCUACUUCCAAAUCAGUCAAGAUGAAGAAGGAUCAGAGUCUGAGGAAUAAUUGAAGCUUGGCUUUAUACGCAGUGCAGUGUACAAAAGGCUAGAACAUCUAUUUAUAAGAACACUUAACUUAUUGGUGAAUAAGGAUUUUGUACCCUGACAGCAUGGUUAGUUUUCUAGCCUUUUUCUUAAGUUCUAAUUAAAAACCAGCAUGGGAAAUAAUUUGUUUUGCAGUUUUCCUUCCAUUGCUAGAAAUCAGAGCUGUUUGUUUAACAUGGCAUCACUGAAGGUCCAAGUAGAAAAGAACUGAGCCCUUCACCCAGUUCAAAUGUAAGACAGUUACAUUGGAGUUUAAUCAUCCAGAGUUGUUUUAUGACUAAAAGUACCAGCUCCUUCUGGUAAUUUAUGUGGAGCUAAUGAUAUGAUAUUUGAAAGUUUACUUUUAUUUACUUUUAAUUAUUUUAGUUAAAAACAAGGCUUACAAGUUUUAAAAGAAAUACUUUAUUUCUGUGUGAUUUAUCUAAAUCAUUAAUUGGUUGUAGUAUUCCUGUGUAUAACCACAAGUCAAACUGGAGUAUAAUAAAUAGAGUAGUUUGUUAGCCAGGUUUAUAUUAGAUUGACAAGUAAGACAGGUAAGGAGGUAGAGACAAAUCUCAUUGCCAGCAUCUAGCUAAAACAACUUAAGGGAAGCAGUGAGAUGCGUUUUAAUGUUGACAGUGACUGAAUCCCAUUAAAUCCAUACAGAUGUUUCUGCUUUUA